AUGACUUUAGAAAAAAACCAAGCCAUUUUAGUAUUAAAGAUCGAUAAACUGCGUAAUUCUUCUUCCAAAAUUGUAGAAAUUUUAACAACUGUUAUUAAUAAUGGAUACAAGAAGCCUAUGCGCAAAUAUGGUAUCAUUAAAAGCCUCAGAAUUAAAACCCCACAAGUGUUUUUCUCUGAUCUGGGAUUUGAUAAAGACCCAGCUAGUAGCGUGCUCUAUAUUUAUCUAAAAAAUAUAACACCAGAACAAAGAAGUGAAUUACUUAAAGUCUAUAGAGAAAUUGAAUUUAAGGGUGUUACUUUUUAUGUAACUUUGCCAAAUAUUGACAACUAUGAGAUUUUAUCUGUUUUUUCAUUGGAUCAAAUCAUUGGGACAGCGGGAUUCAAGCCUUACUGCUUGGAAAGUUGCGGUGAUCCACAAGGUAUGGAAAAAGACCUUUGUGCUAUGUAUGAAUUGACUGGUUUUACAACAUUUCAAAAGGGUCUUGGGCUAAGCUUCUUGCCUAUUGCGUCCGAUUAUACUUGUUCCGUGUACCCGAUCAAAACAUUAGUGUCUCAAGUCAUAGUAGAACAUGAGUUAGUUACCUACUAUUGUAAAUUACAUGGAUAUGAAGAGAAAUCCAGAGUGUUUGUGAAAUCAGGCGGCGAUAGUUCUGAAGCUGGACUUGAAAAUGAUAUAAUUGCUGAUGAUUUUCAUCUUGCUACAUUGUAUAAAUCAGUUUUGAAAUGUUGA